CUUCACAGCGGUAAGUCGUAGGUUAAGAACGAGAUGUAAAUAAGCGGAUCUAACGGUCUAGAUAACCGCAGACCUCUUUAUUUACUAGACAACAACAACAGUUAGUCAGAAUGGUUUUGUUUACUUGUCUAACGGUGUUUUUGCUGAGCGCGUUGGUCGAGGGAGCAGAGAAGAAAGAGGGAGAUGACGAGUGGGUUCAUCUGCCUAAUAAAUGUGAAGGUAGGAAGAACAGGAACGAUGCUAUUCAUUCACCCCCCAUUUGGAAACCCAAAAUAGAGAGAGCUGGUAUUUUAUUGUCUAAAACGAGUUGUAUUAUGUCUGAAAUGUAGGCAUACAAAUACCCUGAUAGCCUUUCAGUCUUUUCCCGAGAAGAACAGACACAAUACUAUUAAUUCGUUACAUUUUUUAAAACUAUAAAAAAAAAAAUAUAUAUAAGCUUAUUUAAUUCAUUUUCAUUCAUUCUAUUAGCCAGAACGAGUUGCAUUAUGUCAUUUGUUACCCCUGAUAAACGGAUAGUAGUAGUCUUUGCCCGUUGUAUUGUAGCAGUGUGCGUGCGUGAUGCAGAAGUGAAACCAUACCGUUUACUACUUCCUCCUUUUAGACACCUGAUACUACAGGAAAUAACGAUUUAUACUCAAAGGGCUUUAUUGGCAUGGGAAACAUGUUAACAUUGGCAACGCAAGUGAAAUAGAUCAAACAACAGUGAAAUAAACAAUAGAACAUGUACAGUAAUCAUUACACUCACAAAAGUUCCAAAGGAAUAGAGACAUUUCAAAUAUCAUAUUAUGUCUACAGUGAGGGGAAAAAAGUAUUUGAUCCCCUGCUGAUUUUGUACGUUUGCCCACUGACAAAGAAAUGAUCAGUCUAUAAUUUUAAUGGUAGGUUUAUUUGAACAGUGAGAGACAGAAUAAUAACAAAAAAAACGCAUGUCAAAAAUGUUAUAAAUUGAUUUGCAUUUUAAUGAGGGAAAUAAGUAUUUGACCCCUCUGCAAAACAUGACUUAGUACUUGGUGGCAAAACCCUUGUUGGCAAUCACAUACGUUUCUUGUAUUGUAGUUGGCCACCAGGUUUGCACACAUCUCAGGAGGGAUUUUGUCCCACUCCUCUUUGCAGAUCUUCUCCAAGUCAUUAAGGAUGCGAGGCUGACGUUUGGCAACUCAAACCUUCAGCUCCCUCCACAGAUUUUCUAUGGGAUUAAGGUCUGGAGACUGGCUAGGCCACUCCAGGACCUUAAUGUGCUUCUUCUUGAGCCACUCCUUUGUUGCCUUGGCCGUGUGUUUUGGGUCAUUGUCAUGCUGGAAUACCCAUCCACGACCCAUUUUCAAUGCCCUGGCUGAGGGAAGGAGGUUCUCACCCAAGAUUUGACGGUACAUGGCCCCGUCCAUCGUCCCUUUGAUGCGGUGAAGUUGUCCUGUCCCCUUAGCAGAAAAACACCCCCAAAGCAUAAUGUUUCCACCUCCAUGUUUGACGGUGGGGAUGGUAUUCUUGGGGUCAUAGGCAGCAUUCCUCCUCCUCCAAACACGGCGAGUUGAGUUGAUGCCAAAGAGCUCCAUUUUGGUCUCAUCUAACCACAACACUUUCACCCAGUUCUCCUCUGAAUCAUUCAGAUGUUCAUUGGCAAACUUCAGACGGCCCUGUAUAUGUACUUUCUUGAGCAGGGGGACCUUGCGGGCGUUGCAGGAUUUCAGUCCUUCACAGCGUAGUGUGUUACCAAUUGUUUUCUUGGUGACUAUGGUCCCAGCUGGCUUGAGAUCAUUGACAAGAUCCUCCCGUGUAGUUCUGGGCUGAUUCCUCACCGUUCUCCUGAUCAUUGCAACUCCCGAGGUGAGAUCUUGCAUGGAGCCCCAGGCCGAGGGAGAUUGACAGUUCUUUUGUGUUUUUCCAUUUGCAAAUAAUCGCACCAACUGUUGUCACCUUCUCACCAAGCUGCUUGACGAUGGUCUUGUAGCCCAUUCCAGCCUUGUGUAGGUCUACAAUCUUGUCCCUGACAUCCUUGGAGAGGUCUUUGGUCUUGGCCAUGGUGGAGAGUUUGGAUUCUGAUUGAUUGAUUGCUUCUGUGGACAGGUGUCUUUUAUACAGGUAACAAGCUGAGAUUAGGAGCACUCCCUUUAAGAGUGUGCUGCUAAUCUCAGCUCGUUACCUGUAUAAAAGACACCUGGGAGCCAGAAAUCUUUCUGAUUGAGAGGGGGUCAAAUACUUAUUUCCCUCAUUAAAAUGCAAAUCAAUUUAUAACAUUUUUUACAUGUGUUUUUCUGGAUUUUUGUUGUUGUUAUUCUGUCUCUCACUGUUCAAAUAAACCUACCAUUAAAAUGAUAGACUGAUCAUUUCUUUGUCAGUGGGCAAACGUACAAAAUCAGCAGGGGAUCAAAUACUUUUUCCCUCACUGUAUAUACUGUCUCUGUCCAUCUCUCUGUCUCUCUCUCUCUCCUCUCAGUGUGUAAGUUCGUCAGUAUUGAGAUGAAGUCUGCCUUCGAGGAGACGGGCAACACCAAGGAAUUGAUCAAGAGGAACUACCGUUUCCUUGACGACAACAAGGGAGCUCCGCCAAUCAAAUAUGUCAAGUCGUAAGUGACGUUUAUCACACAUUUACAGCUUGAUGUCAUAGAACGUGAAAUGACUCUGAAUAGAUCUUCUCUUGCUGAAUGCAGUAGUGUGUCCCAUAGGGCUCCUGUCAAAAGCAGUGCACUGUAUUUAUUAUUAUUAUUAUUUUUAUUUUUUUUGUCAUUUAGCAGACGCUCUUAUCCAGAGCGACUUACAUGAGCAAUUAGGGUUAAGUGCCUUGCUUAAGGGCACAUCGACAGAUUUUUUCAACCUAGUCGGCUCGGGGAUUAGAACCAGCGACCUUUCGGUUACUGGCACAACGCUCUUACCCACUAAGCCACCUGGAAAUAGGAUGCAAUUUAUCUUAUAUAGAAUGGAGUUGCCCCUAGACUGCUCCUAGAUCAGUUUGAUGUCUUCCCCACUUAAUGAUAAAGGUCAGGGACUGGUGAGGUUAAACUGGUCCUAGAUCUGGGCCUCACUUCUGCCUACAUCCUAUGUUCACUAGCUUUUGAGCCUUUCACUGUAGAAGUACUUGACUUGAGCGAGCGGUAUCUAUUUCCUCUCUGUGCCGUUUCUGUGGAGAUAACAGGGCUGCCAUGGUAGCAGGGGACAGGAACUUGGUCUGGGUCCCUUCCUGUGGGAGGCGGCCUAGGCUUUAUAAAUAGGAAGGUCUGUCAUUAUGUGACGGGAGGUUGAGUCAUGACUUGUGAACACUAGAAGAAAGGCUAAAUUACUAAAUUAAACAGAGGAUCAUUUUUUUUCAAACAAGCCUGCUUCGAUCUGUCUCCCGUCCUCCAUCUGUCAAUCUUUCUCUGUACCCCCUCCCCUCCCCUCCCCUCCCCUCCCCUCCCCUCUCCCUCCUCCCUCUCUUUCUCCCUCACUCUUUUUCUUGGCCUCCUCCUUUCUCUCAUUUUAUCUCUCUCCCCCCUCCCUCUCUCUCCCCCCUCCUUCUCUCCCCCCCUCCUUCUCUCCCCCGCCUCCUUCUCUCCCCCGCCUCCUUCUCUGCCCCGCCUCCUUCUCUCCCACCUCCCUCUCCCCCCUCCCUCUCUGUCUCUGUCUCUGUCUCUCUCUGUCUCUCUCUAUAGAGAUAUCCGUUUCAUUGAGGUUGUGGAGAAUGUGUGUCAGAGGCUCUCUGGCUACAACCUACACAAGGAGAGGGAGGGCAGCAACCGCUUUGCCAAGGUCAGUACGUGUGUGUGUGUGUGUGUGUGUGUGUGUGUGUGUGUGUGUGUGUGUGUGUGUGUCAGAGGCUCUCUGAGUAAAGACAAGGACACACACAUGUAAUAACACACAUCAAUAGUUGUGUAACUAGACACAGAUCAUCUUUCCCUCUCUUUCUGCCUCCCUCCUCUCUCCCUCCUCUCCUUCUCUCCACCCCCCCUCUCUCCCCCCUCUCUCUCUCCCCCCUCUCUCAACCCCUCCUCUCUCUUCCCCCUCUCUCUCUCCACCCCCUCUCUAUCUACCCUCUCUAUCUCCCCCUCCCCCCUCUCCUCCCUCUCAUCUCUCUCCCCAGGGUAUGUCAGAGACCUUCUCUACCCUCCAUGGUCUGGUCCAUAAGGGGGUAAAGGUCGUCAUGGAUAUCCCCUAUGAACUUUGGAACGAAACCUCCGCAGAGGUCGCUGACCUCAAGAAACAGGUGAGGAUUAAUUGACCAAUUUUAAUUAAUCAAUUUAUUAAAAAUGGUAUUCCCAAACAUAUCAACUGUCUUCUGUUUACUUUUCAAAUGUUGGUGUGUGUGUGUGUGUGUGUCUCACCCUGUGUGUGUGUGUGUGUCUCUCUGUCUCAGUGUGAUGUGAUGGUAGAGAAGUAUGAGGAGGUUAUUGAGGACUGGUACAAAGGCAGUCAGGAGGAAGACCUCACCACGUACCUCUGUGAGAAACACGUUCUGAAGGGACAGGACACCGGUAAUACACACACUCACAGAGACACAUUUAGCACACUUACAUAG